AUGAUCGAGAACCACCACAAGGCCCGGUCUGGGGCCCGCUCUCUCCAGGAUUUACUUCAGAGCGUCAGCUCUCCGCGUGCACCCCCCCCACCCCGCCUUCCGGGGCUGCGGAUUGGCGCCCAGGUUGGGGAGUCGCCGCCUCCCACGCGCUUAUCCGUCGACCACAUCAAGCGGCCCAUGAACGCCUUCAUGGUGUGGUCCCGGGGCCAGCGUCGGAAGAUGGCAGAGAACCCCAAGAUGCACAACUCGGAGAUCAGCAAGCGGCUGGGCGCCGAGUGGAAGCUGCUGUCGGAGGCGGAGAAGCGGCCGUACAUCGACGAGGCCAAGCGGCUGCGCGCCCAGCACAUGAAGGAGCACCCCGACUACAAGUACCGGCCGCGCCGCAAGCCCAAGCACCUGCUCAAGAAGGACAGGUACGUCUUCCCCCUGCCCUACCUGGCCGGGGACGAGCACCCGCUCAAGGCGGCCGUGGUGGGGGCCCCCGAGGCGCUGCUGGGCCCCCCGGACAAGGCCAGGGCCUUCCUGCCGCCCUCGGCGGUCUCGGCCUCCGCCUCGGCCGCGCCCUACUCCCUGCUCGACCCCGCGCAGUUCGGCUCCGCCGCCGCCCUGCAGAAGAUGGGGGACCCCUCCGGGGCGCCCCACCACGCCGCCCUGGCCGCCGCCCUGCCCUACGCCUCCACCCUCGGGUACCACCAGACCGCAGGAGGAGGAGGAGGAGGUGCCGCCGCCGCCGCCGCCGCAGCCUUCGGGGGCCUGGGCUGCCGCCAGCACACCCACACCCACCCGUCCCCCACCAACCCCGGCUACGUGGUGCCCUGUAACUGUUCCGCCUGGUCCGCCGCCGCCGCCGCCUCCACCCUGCAGCCCCCCGUGGCCUACAUCCUCUUCCCCGGCAUGACCAAGACUGGCCUAGACCCCUACGCCUCGGCCCACGCCGCCGCCAUGUAA